AUGGACUCGCUUGUACAGCCAGACCAAUGGGUGGCUAUACGGCUGUCAUCCGACAUGUACAAACUGGUGAAAGCUACGCCCAACACAACGAUCCUACUCGGUAAAUAUGGCAGUUUCUAUACGAACCAGAUCCUCGGUCGACCCUUCCAUUUGACUUAUGAGCUCUCAAAUGAAUCGGAAGAAGAUGGGUACAGUCUGCGCGUCGUCCCAGCCGCUGAGCUUCAUGCGGAAGCUCUCAUCAGCGAAGGUUCCGCAGAAGCGGACGGUAUGAUAGAGGAAGCAGACCCAGGCAACACAGAACAACAACCCAUACGCACGAAUCGCGAUAUCAACGAUGAUGGAUCAGCACAGACUCUGACAUGGGAAGAAAUUGAAGAGUUGAAGCAGAAUGCUACAGGUGCGGGGAAAGAGAUUAUCGACAAAUUAUUAGAAUCUCACUCGACGAUUGACAAGAAAACGGCAUUCUCGCUGGCAAAAUAUAAGCUGCGCAAAGAAAAAAAGUACCUGAAAAGGUUUACGAUCGUGCCUUUAGAUGUGAAUAUUUUGACAGAAUAUAUGCUCGAGCAAAAAGAAGCAAGCAGGAUAAUGGAACUACGCCAGGAAUCGAUAGGAUUGUUGGGAUGUUGGGGCAAUGUCCAUCAUAGUGGGAAUCUAGAGAAUAUGGAUCCGAGCGGCAGAUAUCUUGUUGUAGAUGAUACAGGAGGUCUUGUCGUUGCUGCUAUGGCGGAAAGAAUGGGUAUACUUUAUUCCACGCAAGACGAUGAAGAUAACGAAGAUGUCGACGACGAGUCGGGCCUUAAUGGAAAAUCAGAAGAGACGACGGCAGCUCCAGGUCAAGCGAAUAAGAAGCGAACCUCGGGAGCACAAGGAGCAAAACCGCAGAACCAACAACGUAUCAGAAAACAGCCCAUGACCGCUAAACAAAACACAAUUACAGUCAUUCACCCUCAUUCACAACCCAACCUCAGCCUCUUGAAAUACUUUGGAUAUGAAGCGGAAGAACCCGACGAAUCACAUCCCCUCUUUGACCAUCUAAAAAUGGCAACCUGGCUUCAGAUACUCGACCCAGAAGCCGACAACAUAUACUCCGAAAAACCAGAGGAAGUCGACGAUGCGACAUUGAAGACUUACAAACCCCGACAACGUGGAACAUAUCACCGGAAGCAUGCGAGGUGGGCUCGAGUCAAGAGUGUCGUCGACGAGAUACGCGAAGGUGGAUACGACGGCCUUAUUGUGGCCAGUGUAAUGGAUCCAGAUUCCGUACUGAAACAUCUCGUUCCUUUACUUAACGGUGGCGCCCCCAUUGUGGUGUAUUCGCCAUCAGUCGAACCGCUCACAAACUUAAUGGAUCAAUACUCCACAGCUCGCCGCACAGCAUACAUCUACAAGAAGGCCGAUCUCGAAAAAGAGCGUAGAAGCCUUGAUCCCGAAAAUAUGGACGUUGAUCUCCCUUCCAUCGAGUCACAAUUAUCAUCGGAAUUCCCCCUUGAUCCAACAUUAGUACUAGCGCCUAUGCUUCAGACAUCCAGGGUCAGGGAGUGGCAGGUUCUCCCGGGUCGGACGCAUCCAUUGAUGACUGGCCGAGGCGGUGCGGAGGGAUACAUAUUCCAUGGUAUUCGAGCCAUUCCACAAUCACAGCAGGUUCAAGCGCGCGGAAUUUCGAGUCGGAAGAAACGGAAAUUGGACGUUGGGGAUAUUGACACGCCUGAGGAUGCAUCGACGCCCAUUACUGCAUAA